ACGGUUAGACGUGGUUAAAUAAUUUCCCAGGUGCUUGUAAAUGCAUCAUAGGUAAGAGGUGAAGCUGGGACUUGAUGACCAAUCAGAGUGAAGCCUCGUGUGGGCGCUGACGUGGGUGGAAUUUACUACCACCCACGUCCAACCCGCCAUGGUUACUCUACCUGCCUUUGCCGUUCAUUCAUAAGGAAAGUGAGCACGGUGUCAGAGGCUGAGUUAAGAGUACUUUUUCUUUCAACUGCACAAAUGGCGGGCUACCUCAAAGCUCUGGCGGCCGUGUCGAGGACGGCGGCCGCCGCGGUGUCCCGGAACCCUGCGGUGCUUUCUCCCGCCGCCGUCUGCCACCAUCACAGACUGCAACAGAGGAAGUAUUCAACAAAGCGUAUCAAGGUGGACCAGCCGGUGGUGGAGAUGGAUGGAGAUGAGAUGACUCGCAUCAUAUGGGAGUUCAUCAAAGAGAAGCUCAUCCUGUCCAAUGUGGAUGUCGAGCUGAAGUAUUUUGACCUGGGUCUACCCUUCCGAGACCAGACAGAUGACCAGGUCACCAUUGACUCUGCUUUGGCAACAAAGAAGUACAAUGUGGCCGUCAAGUGUGCCACAAUCACUCCUGAUGAGGCCAGAGUGGAAGAGUUUAAACUGAAGAAAAUGUGGAAGAGUCCCAAUGGAACCAUCAGGAAUAUUCUGGGUGGUACAGUUUUCCGUGAGCCCAUCCUUUGUAAAAACAUUCCCCGACUCGUUCCCGGCUGGACGCAACCUAUAACAAUUGGCAGACAUGCAUUUGGAGAUCAGUACAGGGCCACAGACUUUGUUGUUGACAAACCCGGGAAGUUUAAGCUGGUGUUCUCCCCAGCUAAUGGGGGCAAGCCACAGGAGUGGGAGGUGUACGACUUUCCUGCAGGAGGCUGUGGAAUGGGAAUGUACAACACUGAUGAGUCCAUCAGUGGCUUUGCUCACAGCUGCUUCCAGUAUGCCAUCCAGAAGAAGUGGCCCCUGUACAUGAGCACCAAGAACACCAUCCUCAAGGCCUACGAUGGCCGCUUCAAAGACAUCUUCCAGGACAUCUUUGAGAAGAACUACAAGCCUGAGUUUGACAAGCUGAAGAUCUGGUACGAGCACCGGCUCAUCGACGACAUGGUGGCCCAGGUCCUGAAGUCCUCCGGAGCAUUUGUGUGGGCCUGCAAGAAUUAUGAUGGCGACGUGCAGUCGGACAUUCUGGCUCAGGGUUUUGGCUCCCUGGGCCUCAUGACGUCGGUGCUGGUGUGUCCCGAUGGGAGGACCAUUGAGGCCGAGGCUGCUCACGGCACCGUCACCAGGCACUACCGCGAACACCAGAGAGGUAAACCAACCAGCACCAACCCUAUUGCAAGCAUCUUUGCAUGGACCAGGGGUUUGGAACACAGAGGGAAACUGGAUGGAAAUCCUGAUUUAAUCAAGUUCUCUCAGACUUUAGAAAAAGUCUGUGUUGAAACGGUGGAAAACGGCGUGAUGACCAAAGACCUUGCAGGCUGCAUCCAUGGCUUGGCCAACUGCAAGCUGAACCAGCAUUACGUCAACACGUCCGACUUUCUGGAUGCCAUCAAGACCAACCUGGACAAAGCUCUGGGCAAAUGAUUCACCAUCAGGAAGCACGCUUUAACGGUCAUUAAGCCAAACACGGUUGGAAGAUUUGCGGACUCUUUUUACUCUUUGUCUGUGGGAGCCAUUUUACCAAAGUUUGCCGAUUUGUGCCAGUUUUGUGCCUUACAUGGUUGUGCCUGUUUCUAUUCCUUUCCAACUGACUAUAUUGCACUAUUUUUUUUUUGUAUGACCAAUGUUCAUGCAAAUGUUAACUUAACAUGAUAUUUUCAUAUAACCUUUCACCUUGAAUUAGACAAAUCAGUGGGAAACGCUAUGUAAAAAUUUGCACUAUAAAGUUUCUUGUGAUCAUGAAUAGAAAACUGAUUUAUUGGUUGUGAGUUGAGAACAAUGCUUAGUUAAUUAGCUGUCAGAACAGAUUACCCAGUAGUUUGGGGUGUGGUUGUGGGGCUGCG